CAUUAAAGUAUGGAGAUGCAUCCGGUUUGAGCAGGUGUUCUUAUUUUGUGUCAGGAAAGCAUUGUUAGCGGUCAUAUAAAAGUAACCAUGACAACAGAAGACUCAGGUGUUGACAUGGAGGAAUAUUAUGACAAGAUGUUUUCCAAACGUUACACUGAGGAAGACACCGAUUUUCAGACAGAAGUGUCCAAGCCCGUUCCCCCUCCACCAUGUGUUUCCAACUGGUACACAAAGAACCGCCGCAACGACUGGGGCCGACAGGGCCGAGGUGAUAGUCAAGGUCGAGGUGGUUACAACCAGUCUCGUGGCAACUGGGGUCACCAUGGUGAUCGCUAUGGCAACCGUGGUGGUGGUGGCGGUUAUCGUAACAGAGAUGACAACUACGGCAGGAACAGAGACGGUUACCACGGAGGCAGAGGAGGCGGAGGAUACCACCGAGGAGGGGGUGGUGGAGGAGGCCACUAUGGAAAUGGGGGUGGAGGGUAUCACCGGGACCAAGGACACUAUCAAAGAAACAGAUAUGAUGAGAGAAGCUUUCAGUGAGCUGACACGGAAAUAUAGCCUCGUGAUGAAUUUCUGGAAGCUUAUUUCAUGAAGUUUGAGGUGCAGUAAGAAAGUGAUGUGCCACAUCAGGGUUUUCAGCUGACGAAUCUGGAUUUCGGUCAUCGCCUAUUCAGAUUGAACCCCAUCUUAUAGCUGGAAUAUGUGUGGCUUUAAAUAACAAACUAACAAACAGUUCAGAUUGAAAAUAUCAGAUGGCUGUUUACUCAACAGGGCUUUGUAAAUAAUUGGAUGGAUUGGUGUCAUUAAAUCAUUCAUUGUUCUGACAAGACAAGACAUUGUCAGAACUCCUGGGAAUAGUUGUGACAUCUAAGUUUAAUCAGGUAAUUGGGGGAGAGGCUAAAAUGCUUAACUUGCCAUUGUUACCAUGGUUACAUUGAACGACUGUUAAAAUAUCUGAUUGUAGGAAAAUAAGAACUUUGAUGAUGCCACUUUUUAUGAAAAUAACAUUAUAUUCUUAAUUUGCCGGCCAUGGGCACUUAGUUUGGUAUCCUAGAUUAAUCUCUCAUGGUUGGAUACCAUUCUGGCUGUGGUGGCUGUAGUGUUACCAUAGUUACCAAAUCUAAUUAAAAUCAUAUCUAAGUUCUCGCUGCCGCUAAACAAAGAUCUGAGGACAUCCCAUUACAGGUCACGUCAGAACGACCUUAUGCGAACUUUGACCGACCGCUGUAAUCACUAACAAGAAG